AUGGCCGAGGCCGUUGCAGCCUUGGAGGUGGCUGGGGCCAUUGGCGAUGUCGUCCGCAGGCUAUAUAAAUACAUAUCAGCUGUGAAGUCGGCUAAGGACGAGAUUUUGAAACUAACGACGGAGUUGUCCGCUCUCAAGGUUGCCUUGGAAUAUUUUGACAACCAAAGUCAGUCCGACUUAAGGCUGCUUCGAAAUGAACAGGUCCAGGACAUGCUACGCCUAAUACGAGACACUCUGUUGUCCAUGCAGAAAAAGCUCGGUCUUGCUCCGUCGGGAUUCGACCACACCAUCACGAUUCUCGCCUGGCCUUUCCAUUCUAGUGACGUUGCCAAGUAUCUUUCAACACUGGAGAGAUCAAAAACUUGGUUCACUAUGGUCAUCUUGUAUGACUCGAAGGAAUCCUUAACAUCCUUGUACGCCGAAGUCCAGCGCCUCUCUUCGGCUAUUCAAGACGACAUUACUUCUCGUAAGACAGACACCAUGCUGAAAGAGGUGGAAGAGGUCGUCAAAUGGCUAGCCCCAGUCAACUCUGCCGAAGAACUCACGCGAGCCCGCAAGGACCGAGCGAGCGGGACUUGCCAGUGGAUUUGGGACAGGAACUUGACUGCGUGGCGGGAUAGCAGCGGCCCCUCAAAGCAGCCGCUCUUCUGGAUUACUGGAAAAUCGGGGUCAGGAAAGACAAUUCUGUUCUUCAGCAUCCUCGAUGAGCUGUAG